AUACACUCACUCCUCUAGGGUUUUUCCAUUUAUCACAUAGCAGGCGGCAGAUUUCUUAAGAAAACCCUUUUUCUCAAAAACACAUUGCAAACAAGAAAAAAAGAAGAAGAAGAUGUCGAUUGGAGAACUUGCUUGUUCUUACGCCACUUUGAUUCUCUCUGACGAUGGCAUCGCCGUCACUGCUGAGAAGAUUGCUACCAUUUUGAAGGCAGCCAAUGUUGAAUGUGAAUCAUACUGGCCUAGUUUGUUUGCUAAACUUGCUGAGAAGAAAAACAUUGUGGAUCUUAUCUCAAAUGUUGGUGCUGGCGGCGGCGGCGGUGGUGCACCAGCUGCUGCUGCUCCUGCCGCUGCUGGUGGUGCAGCCGCAGCUGCCCCUGCUGCAGAAGAAAAGAAGGAAGAGCCCAAGGAAGAGAGUGACGACGACAUGGGAUUCAGCUUAUUCGAUUAGAAACAAACUAUUGUUAUCUGUUAGUUUUAAGAAAUCUAUCCUUUUGAAGACUUUUAGUAGUUUUAUCUACUAGUUAUGGCACCUAUGUCACUGUGUUGCGACUUCUUGGUAUUAUUAAGAAUCUGUUUCUUUUUUGAUA